UUUAGAGAACCCUCUGUACCAUACGCGAGCUGGUCAUCUGUGUGUUCUAGCUCUGUGGAUCGUAGUGAAUAUAUAUUAUAACCAACCUAGAAGUUUUUAACUACUGAAAACACUAGACAUGGUUAAGUUUAACUCGCGAAUGAGUUUGCUAUCGUUAUAAGUAGAUGUAUUUGAUUUUUUCUUACGAAAUAUUGCUUCAAACAUAGAAAAAAGUAAAUUUUCCAUUUUUUUUUUAUAUCAAUAAUCAUGACUGACCGAGAUAUUAGAGUGCAAUGUGUGUUGUAUAAAUAUGUGAUGACGAGAUAAAAUACUUCGUUCAUAAAAAUUUCGUUCUCGAUUGACGAUUUGAUAUUUUUAAGUUUGUUUUAAUUCUUUGAUUGUUAUAAGAGUAUACGAAAAUUGUGUUCACAGUUAUUUUGUAGGAAUUAUUCCUUACAAAAUGUGUAUAUUAUGUUCUAUAGCUAAAAAUAUCCGCAUAGAUUGAUUGAAAUGUGGCACGCAAGGUAAACACUAUAGCAAUAUAUAAAGAAGUGGUGCCUGUGUUUCUUAAUGCAUACAUAUUUACAUGAAUACAUACAUACAUCUAUCCAAAUCGAAGCACUUACAAUAAGACUUGCACAACGGUUUUUUUUUUAAAUGCUCCAGAGUUGGUGUACGAUCGUUGCAGAAUAUGAUACUCGAACCAGAGCAACUGUAAAAAACCGUACAAAUACAUGAGCAAGUGGCUGUACAUAAGUAAAAUCGUGAAUGUGAAUGUGAGCUACGAAAUAUUACUAGUACCAGUAUUUAAGAAAGCAAUGAACUAGAAAACUUUAGAAUAUUUAAUGACCGCUGAAUCGAAAAGAAGAAAUCUCUCUCGAAAUUUUGAAUACGACUUGAGUGUAUUACAAAAGUAAUAUAUAAAAGAGCAGAAGAGAAGAAUGAAAAUACUAUUAAUGAGAACUACGAAUUAAAAGUGAAGUAAAAGUGAUGAUUACCACAAUUAAUUAAUUAAGAUAAUUUAAGAUAAUGAAUUCAUUUGGUACGCAAAAAACUUCAACUACUGAAAAUGCACACACAUCAGCUAUGAACGACAGCACACAACGACCGCAGAUUAGCGGCGGACGCUUUGAUUUCGAAGACGGAGGGACAUUUUGCGGUGGAUGGGAUGACGGCAAGGCUCAUGGGCAUGGCGUGUGUACUGGUCCCAAGCAUCAGGGAGCGUAUGCUGGCGCUUGGAAUUAUGGUUUUGAAGUGUCUGGAGCGUAUAUCUGGCCAAGUGGGUCACAUUAUGAAGGACAAUGGCAAAAUGGUCGACGUCAUGGUUUGGGAGUGGAGCAAAUUGGUCGACAGAUAUACCGCGGAGAAUGGUCGAAAGAUGGACAUAAAGGUAGAUACGGAGUACGCCAAAGCACUGUAUCAACUGCUAAAUAUGAGGGAACGUGGAAUAUGGGCUAUCAGGAUGGAUACGGCUGUGAAACUUAUGCUGAUGGAGGUAAAUAUCAAGGACAGUGGCAAGAAGGAAAGCGUCACGGAUACGGUAUUCGUACAUCAGCCCCCUUUGGUUUGGCAUCUCAUUAUCGCCGAAAAGAUGUUCACGCAUCUCUAAAUUCGUUGCGUAGUUCAGACAUUGGCGAAGCUGACAAGGGACGUUCUGAGGAGAUAAGAGGAGGAUUUGUAUUAACAGCAAAAUCUGAUAAGUUACCCACACGCCGCAAUAGCUUGAGCGAAAAGACGAAAAAAGGAUUUUUAUCAGGUUUUAAAAUGCGCAAACAAAAAAGUACCGGAGAUUUGGAGAAGCGUGGCACUGUGGCCUCAAGCAGUGUCAGAUCAACAGCUUCUACAUCCUCAUGGGCAAGCACAGGGUCGGAACAAUCAAAUUUAACUACAAGGUCGACACAUACCGAUUCAAACGCUAGUUUUACAAUGGAAGAUGAACAACUGGAUGCAGCAGUGACAGAAACAUACAUGGGAGAGUGGAAAAAAGACAGGCGUUGUGGACAUGGUGUGGCUGAGCGCAGCGAUGGCCUGAAGUACGAAGGAGAGUGGUAUAAUAACAAGAAACAUGGAUACGGUGUAACUACAUUCCGAGACGGUACAUUUGAAGAAGGAAAAUAUAAGAACAAUAUUUUAAUUACCAGCCAAAAGAAGAAACACUUGUUCCUAGCACGUUCGCGUAAAUUUCGUGAUCGCAUUGCUAUAGCAGUUAAUUCAGCACAAAGGGCGCUGAAAAUGGCAAUGCAGAGAUCCGAUAUAGCCAUUUCGCGUACAUCGACAGCAUCUGACAGAGCCCAAAGCGCCGAUAUCGCAGCGGAUCAAGCUCGUUUAGACUGUGAAAUUGCAGUACGAAUGGCGCGUGAAUUUGCUCCAGAUUUUAAACCCUCAGUUCUAGAGCGAUUCGAGAAGCUGCGGUUUCGUAACCAAAUAAAAUUAACCACUUUAGUAGAUAACAGCCUUUUGUCGCCAUAUAGCGGAAAUGAAAUGGCGCUUAUGAAAAAUGGGUCCGUAAUGAAAGAUUUAAAGGAAAAGACAGUCACGCAAACUCCGAACUCUAUUCAUGCCCAAAACAUGCAAGUGACACCCCAAACUGACUUUGCUGGUUUAAUUAGCCAACCGAAUCAACCCGGUAACACUGCUUUUAAUCAGUCGUAUGCCUCACGAGCUAAAAAUUAUGGGCAACAAGGGCAGCAGUAUGAGGAUCAACAACAGAGUUACGGGCAAGAUUUCAAUACUACAACGAACAAUAGUAAUAUACCUUAUGGUCGGGGAAUACAAGAAAAUGAAAUAACGGCAAACUACAAUAGUUACAACCAAACGAACACUGGGAAUUAUCCUAUGCGGAAUACUGCUGAUCAACUAGAUGGCUACAGGUAUAACACUGCAGAACGUGAGUCGAACGCUAUUCCACGCAAUCCUCAAAGUGGUUAUAAUGAGCAACAAGUUCAGUCUCAGUCCAUGCAAGCUUUGUCUCAACAAAAUUCGCAGUAUGGUCGUCCACAGCCUCAGCCCAUGCAGCCUCCAAUGCAAACUUUACCACAACAAAAUUCGCAAUAUGGACGGCCACAGCCUCCAAUGCAAACUUUACCCCAACAAAAUUCGCAAUAUGGACGUCCACAGCCUCAGCCCAUGCAGCCUCAAAUGCAAACUUUACCGCAACAAAAUUCGCAAUAUGGACGUCCACAGCCUCAGCCCAUGCAGCCUCCAAUGCAAACUUCACCCCAACAAAAUUCGCAAUUUGGACGCCCACAGCCACAACAGAAUGAAAUGGGAGGCGAAAGAAAACAAAGUAUCACGCACAAAAGACCACCUCCACUCGGUGAAACAAAACAGCAAUUAUCUAUAGAUUACUUUGAUCAUUACAAGAGACCACCAAGUCGAGACUCAUCUACAGAUCGAUAUGCGAGAGCGGGUAGUGUCCUUAAUUCUCGGCAGCCUUCGGCAGAUCGAUCCAUGCAGUUACAGGGAAGGGAUGAAUCUACUACCAAUAGAGAAGUAAGGCAACGUGAGGGCUCAAGGAAUUUGGAAGAUAAUACAUCGCGAUCUAUUUUUAACAACAAUACGGAAAAAAGAUCAUCACUUACUAAGCCAUUUGAAGAUGUCCUUUUACAUCAGCGCAACCUGGGUCAGGAUAUUAUUCCAUCCCCAAUUACUCCAAAAAGGACGGAAAGCUUAUAUAUUCCGGCAAACGUGGUUCUUCCGAAAAGCGCAGGAAGCAAACCGGUUAAGAGCACUCCUAUAAAUGUUUCUCUUCAGCGCAAAAAGUCGUUACCUGAUUUUCAGGAACUGCCACGAUCUACGGAGGCUAUGAGUCGAGAGGAGGUAUCUGCUUUGGGUUCAGCAAGGCGUGAAGCUGUAAGGCGCCAAAUAGAAAUCAACGAGAGGCUAAAAGCAAAUCCUCUUUUGUAUAUUUUUAGUCCCCAAGUUAAGGAUUGGUUAUCUAGCCAGCAAUUGGUACUGUUUGUUCUUUUUCUGAAUAUACUUUUAGGUUAUCUUUUUUUGAAAAUGUUAACAUAACAUAAUUUAUUGUAGUAUACAUAUAUGUAUGUAUGUGUUUUUGAUUUUAAUUAAUGAUUUUAACUUAUUUAUUAACUAUAAUUAUAUAUUCGAAGGAAAUCAUUUAUUUAAAAACCAUAAUGUUAUGAUAAAAUUAUUGGAAUAAGCGAAGAGCUCAAAAAAGUAUACAUACAUAAAUAUGUAUAUACUUAAAAUUUUGUCGUUCCCUUUAUGCAUUUGGACGGUUCGCUUGGAUGGUCUUUGCAUGCAGUGCUGUUAUUGUAAACAUACAUAAAUUAAAAAGGAAAGAAAAGUCCA